ACUAUCGCUAUCAAGAUACGAUAGACGCAAGACUAUCGCUAUCAAGAUACGAUAGACGCAAGACUAUCGUUAUCAAGAUAGCACGCCAUGAAUACAGGCAGUAUUUGGCUCGAUUCAACUUGGACGUUUUUACCAAAAACGCAAGUGAGCGAGCCAAUACAUCCGAGUACAACCUCAUCCUAACGGAUGAA